CGGCUAAACCCGGGUGCUUACACGUCACAUUGAACUGGUCACAAAGGCCGUCGUUCUAUUUACAAAACGUGCACAAGCGGUUGGCUACCAUUAGCAUACACACAACGCAGACAAAAUAAGAAUUUGAGCUUUAAUUUUGUUUAUUUUAAGAGCGAAAAAUGGCAAGCGAUGGGAGCAGAAUGUACUGGUCGACCGAAGACAUAAAGUGUCUUCUGCAAGUUUGGGGGGAGGGAUCGAUUCAAGCGCAAUUUGACGGGGUUGUACGAAACGACGAAAUUUACCGAACAAUUGGCGAGGAGUUAAAAAAGGUGGGUAUUAUUAGGGAUGUCAAACAAAUUAGGGAAAAAAUUAAAAAGUUGAAACAACAGUACAGGGUCGCAAAGGACAAUAACAAUCGCAGCGGGGCAGGACGAGCCAAAUUUCAGUGGUUUGACACAAUGGACGAGAUACUUGGCCAUCGCCCUGGGAAUGACCAAAGUCUGCUAAGAAACUCUAGUGCUGCUACAGCACCCCUGGACGACUCGGGAGAGGACACACUCCUUGAUAAUUUCGAAACAACAAUUGACUGGGAUGCAGUGGAGGACCUGAUGAGCCCAUCCCCUCCACCACCUGCUACACAGACAGCAGGUUCAGCAGAAUCAGGACCAGUGAGGGGCUCCUCCACUCUCAUCCCAGCAAGAACCAGACCUGCAAAAAGGAAGGUAUCGGCCUCGGCACAAGAACUCAUAGAUUUUUUCAGAGAGACUGAUGAAACUCUCUACGAGAGAGAGGCUGCGCUGCGUCGGGAGGAGCAGGACCGAGAAGAUAAGAGGAGGGAGAUGGAGUUGGCUGCAAGGAGGGAGGAGAAUACAGCGAUCGUGUCGGUGCUGACACAGCUUGUUAAUGUGUUGAAAGAUAAAUAAAUUAGUAUUGGUUCUGUGAAUUGCCCUCCUUUUUAUUUUAUUAUUGAUCUAAAGUAAACUCUUACUCUUAUUACUCUUAGGCCUAUUACUCAAGAAAUCUUAAUGCUGAUUAUAAAUAAGAGACC